AUGAAGUUUCUCUGCCCCUUCAGCACUCCACUUGCACCACCAGACAUGGGUCUAACAGCGGCCACCUGGACUUCCCGCAGAGCGCGCAGAUCAUAUCUUGCUAUAUACUCAGCAGCACGGAGAAUUUCGACUUCUUCCCCAUGUGCUUCCCAGUUCCACCGUUCUGAUUUCACGGGACAGCCGUUCACCAGCAGCUAUGAGACUGGCUUACCAACAUCCGGCCCCCUGGGCUCUGCGCCUCCUUUCGGCGCUCCUCGGUUAACGCCGAAGAUGCUGAAGCAGCAUUUGGAUCAGUUUGUCGUGGGCCAAGAUAGAGCAAAAAAGGUCCUGAGCGUUGCAGUAUACAACCAUUACCAGAGAGUGCAAGAGCUGCAGCGACGAAUUGAGGAAGAAGAGGCAUAUUUGGCACGCCAAACACGCAGGGAAGCUGUGGAGGCACAUCCUUUAGAAACUGAAUUUCCAGGUCAGCAGCGGACCAUACGUCUCCCAUCUCCUGGAGAGUAUAAUGAUAAUUUUUCGCAAUCAGGAACCGAUCAUAUCACCGACAUAUCUCCUCUAGCACUGGAGAAAUCCAACAUAUUACUACUAGGACCAUCGGGGGUCGGUAAAACGCUUAUGGCAAAGACGCUGGCCCGUGUUCUAUCUGUCCCCUUUAGCAUGUCUGAUUGUACGCCAUUUACCCAGGCAGGCUACAUCGGGGAGGAUGCGGAUGUUUGCGUGCAGCGAUUAUUGGCUGCCGCAAACUAUGAUGUUGCGGCGGCGGAGCGAGGGAUAAUUUGCCUGGACGAAGUGGAUAAAAUUGCUACCGCGAAAGUAAGCCACGGAAAGGACGUUAGCGGAGAAGGGGUCCAGCAAGCCCUGUUAAAGAUAAUUGAAGGGACAACGAUCCAAAUACAAGCCAAAACUGAGCGAAAUGCGCCGCGUCAUGGGGGCCCAUCCAAUAGCUUUCCCGGGAGCGGACCCGGAAAUUCGUCGUUCUCUUCAUCCACGCCUGGGUCACCGGGAAAACCUGAUGUUUAUAACGUCAGGACGGAUAAUAUCUUAUUCAUUUUUUCAGGCGCGUUCGUAGGGCUCCAGAAAAUCAUUAUGGAGCGUAUAUCGCGUGGGUCAAUGGGUUUCGGCCAGCCUGUCCGUGCCUCUGGGAAUCCAUUUGGUUCUCACACCUCCCAUUCGUCUCAUAACGCACCUAUUCCUAUUCGACCCGGUUCUGAGGAAGAGGCACUGUACAAGAAGCACCUCCCAUUUUUUACCCCAUCACCCACCCCAGAAGCUUCUGGUUCCGACGAAGAUACGCAAUAUUUCAAUCCCCUUGACCUCUUAACCCCUCCUGAUCUGCAAUCAUAUGGAUUCAUACCAGAACUAGUGGGCCGUAUCCCAAUAACCACAGCUCUCUCUCCACUCUCCCAGGCACUUCUUUUACGUAUUCUCACUGAGCCUAGAAACUCUCUUGUGAAUCAAUACGCCGCCUUAUUUACUCUUUCCGGGAUCGAACUACGCUUCACAACCCCUGCUCUUCAUAAGAUUGCUGCCAAUGCCUUUGCAGUAUCUACUGGAGCUCGCGCUUUACGCACGGAAAUGGAGACAAUACUUGGGGACGCUAUGUUUGAAGCUCCGGGAUCAAGCGUAAAAUUUGUCCUUGUUACGGAAGCAGUAGCCGAUAGGAAAGAAAAGGCCGUAUACCUUGCUCGUGGCCAGGGAGGCAAAUUUCAUGCAAUGAUUGCAGCCGAAGAAAGCUCAUGGGAAGAGAAGACGAAGAAGCAACGGGAUAACCGGGAUAAAAAAGAUCAAGCCAAUAGCUUCGAAGAAUGGAGGAGCUCUGCCAUUGGAGGAUUCUCAUGA